ACCACACGGACCACACGGAACACUUUAUCGUGAACACCCUGAUAAUCCCGAGCGUGACGUAACCCGGUGAUUUUAAACGAUACGGAAGCGCAGUGUGAUGUUUUAAUAUCGUUUAUCAGGUUUUUAUCUCUUUGUUCACGCUCGAGUCUGUAUGUUGGUGUAGUUUAGUGUUAGUUACUGAGGGACUAGUGAGGGUAAAAUGAUCACAGCUGCUGUUUACUUCAUGUUUCUCUGAGUCUGGUAUUAAUUACACAGGAUUUUAUUCUGAAUAAACCUCAUGAUGGACCUGUUUGAGAAUGGCAAGGUUGUAAAAGUUUGUGCACCCAUGGUACGCUAUUCAAAGCUGGCCUUCAGGUCCCUGGUGAGGAGCUACGACUGUGACCUGUGCUUCACCCCCAUGAUCGUGGCGGCCGACUUCAUCCGCUCUCCUAAAGCCAGAGACAGUGAGCUCACCACUAACAGCUUUGACCGACCCCUGAUCGUCCAGUUUGCUGCGAAGGAGGCUCAGACACUCGCCACUGCUGCUGGUCUGGUCGCCCCUUUCUCAGACGGCGUGGAUCUGAACUGCGGCUGUCCUCAAAGGUGGGCCAUGGCAGAAGGCUACGGGGCGUGCUUAAUCAACAAACCACAGCUGGUGAAGGACAUGGUGAAACAUGUCCGGAACCAAGUAGACAAUCCCAGUUACGCAGUGUCUAUUAAGAUAAGAAUCCACAAGGACUUGAGGAAGACUGUAGAUCUGUGUCAGAAGGUGGAGGCGGCUGGAGUGUCAUGGAUCACGGUUCACGGGCGGACGGCGGACGAGAGGCAUCACCCGGUGCAUUACGAUGCCAUCAAGAUCAUUAAGGACAGCCUUCGCAUCCCGGUUGUCGCCAACGGCGAUAUUAAAUGUCCCAGAGAUGUGGAGUCUGUGUGUGAGCUUACAGGCGUGGAUGGGGUGAUGUCAGCCCGGGGGCUCCUGGCCAAUCCGGCCAUGUUCGCAGGCUAUGAGCACACACCCCUGCAGUGUCUGUGGGACUGGGUGAACAUCGCUUUGGAGCAGGGGACGCCGUUCACGUGCUUCCACCAUCACCUAAUAUACAUGUUAGAGCAAGUCACUGCUCACCCCGAGAGGAAGGUCUUUAAUGGUUUGUCAAGUACAUCUGCAGUUAUCGAUUAUCUACAGAAGACUUACGGCUCUUCAGCGUUAUGAGUACACAACUACCAUAAAUACUGAAACGUUUUUUAUAUGUACUUUUUUAUAUAUGAAAAAAGAAAUAAAGAUUGUUUUUAUUUAU